GCUGUGUAGCGUUCAGCGUAUAUUGCCACGCAGCAAGUGCGGAUCAAUGCAAGAUGAGGCGCAUAUGCGUGUUGACCACUGCAUUGUAUUUGGCAGCUGUAGCGUUGUGCAUUGGGUGGGGGAUGGGGUGAACCUAAAUGGGGGCUUUCUAGCGUUAAGCGUAUAUUGCCACGCAGCAAGUGCGGAUGAAUGCAAGAUGAGGCGAAUACGCGUGUUGAAGACUGCAUUGGAUUUGGCAGCUGCAGCGCUGUCCAUUGAGUGGGGGAUGGGGGGAUGCUAA